AUGUUGGACGUGCUCUAUAGAGCCACCAAGUACAUGAACGCGGAAGAUUCAUUGCUGGCCCGCAAAGAGAAGCCUAGAAAGAGGGAAAGGCAGGAGGACACACGACAGGAUAGGGGGCGAAAGAUGGCUAGAACCGGAGAUCAACGAGAUGAAAGGCGCUCUAGACCCUUCACUAGGAAGUUCACGAGCUUCACCCCAUUAACCGCCCUGAUAGAUCAAGUCUUAAUACAUAUAAAAAAUGAAGGAGCACUAACGUUCCCUGGUAAGCUAAAGGGAGAUCCCAACAAGAGGCCAAGGGACAAGUAUUGCCGCUUCCACCGUGACCACGGGCAUGACACAGCCAACUGCUACGAUUUGAAACAGCAGAUUGAGGCUUUUAUUAGACAAGGAAAGUUACAAAGGUUCGUCAACAAGGAAAGAACCGAUCCGCCCCAGGGGAAAGCCCCACAGCGGGAGAACAAGUGCCCUAGACCACUUAUAGGGGAUAUAAGAAUGAUCGUAGGGGGCACAACCGCUGCUGGAUCUUCCAAAAAAACCCGCAAAACCUACCUUAGAAUGGUCGAUAGUGUCCAACUUACAGGAUCCGUACCUAAGAUGCCACGAAUGGAUAACCCCAUCAUCGGAUUUUCAGAAGAUGAUGCUCGAAGACUUCACCAUCCGCAUGACAACGCACUUGUGGUCAGCUUGCAAAUAAGAGAUUAUAACAUGCAUCAGGUCCUUGUCAACAACGGCAGCUCAACGGAUAUCCUAUACUACCUAGCAUUCCAGCAAAUGAGGAUUGACAGGGAACGGUUAACCCCAACGAAUGCCCCACUCGUGGGAUUUGGAGGACCGAAGGUGUUCCCUUUGGGCGCAAUCACACUAUUUGUGACGGUAGGUGACUAUCCUCAGCAGAUCACUAGGGAGGUAAUGUUUCUCGUAGUCGACUGCUCGUCCGCCUACAAUGCCAUUCUCGGAUGGCCUACUCUCAAUUCCUGGAAGGCGGUGACUUCAACAUACCACUUGAUGAUUAAAUUCUCGACGGAUUACGGGGUAGGAGAACUGCGAGGAAAUCAAGUGGCAGUGCGGGAAUGCUAUAUUGCCAUGUUAGAAAUGGAGGAUCAACAGCAAACGAUGUGUAUUGGAGAACAACGAGCACUACCAGAGCCAGUGGAGGAACUGGAAAAGGUGAACCUUGAUAACUCACGGCCGAAACGGACGACUAGGAUUGGCACACUAGCUAGUUGGCCGGUACGCCAAGCACUCAUGACUUUCCUCAGAGAUAACCAAGAUGUGUUCGCCUGGAGUCAUGAAGACAUGCCAAGAAUUGACCCAUCGGUCAUAGUUCACAAGUUAAAUGUAUCACCCUCAUUCCCUCCAAUCCGGCAAAAGAAACGAGUGUUCGCCCAGGAGCAGGACAAGGCCAUAAUGGAGGAAGUUUGA